AUGAGGAAAACUGUUUCAAGUACUUUCACGCCGUUCAUCAAGCUCCGCCGUUUAGCAAAUAUCUGGGAGCAGCCAAGUGUUGCAACAGAAGGAAUGUUAAGGCAUGCUAGAGGAUAUUCGGUAGCUCGUAGAGCUAGCCAAGGACUGCGCGCUCAUGACGUUAGAGGCAUGGAAAGCAUGCAGGCGAAGAUAGUGGAAUUCCGCACGAAUUUAAAGAGAAUACUAGCGUUGAACAAGAUUCCGACAGACGGGUCACCUGAAUAUACAGUACUACUCACUUCCUGUCGCGAAGCUGGAGUAGCUGAGGAGCUUCCACUACUGCAAAAGAUGCCAAUAUUACGCAGUAAGCUUCGCGAUGAUCCGUUUUCGAAUGCAGCGGUGAGACGAAUUAUAAAUACCAUAGAACAUGGGCAGAAACAUGCCAGGAUGCAGGCGCCGUUUCCAGAGUCUGAAUUCAAAAAUACACACUGUAGAGAUAAAGCUACCGAUGGUUCACCUGGUGAUUUUGACCAGGGUACGAGCUUGUCUGCUAAAAGGGAACAAGACCUUAAAAUCAUCCAGGAUUUGCUCCGGCCUGUGACCUCGCCAGCAGCGCCGGUUAGGAAAUACGACUGGAAUAUUCAGGGCAAGAAACAACGCCCGAUGGUGAAGUAUGGCGAUCUACUCCCUUUUGGUAACGAUUAUCGCAAGACGCAGCGCUACAGGUUCAAGUACAUGAGUCUUCUAAGAGAUGGUGGAGAAAAUAAAUCAUCGAGCCUGGAAACACUUAUUUAUGACAUUACAAGGCAUUCUGCGCAAGUUACAACAAAUGAGACAUCCUCUUUGUACUCCAUUGAUAAUAAGGACUUGUUUACGCUUAUCAAUGGUAGCUCCUUCUCCCCGGAAGAAAUGUUGGAGGUAAUAGAUAGACACACUGCACAGGGCUGGAAACUCGUUGGUGAGGUGCGGGGUGAGCCCACCAAGGUGGUAUUUCAGCGAAAGCAACGCACGGAGAAACCGGAGAUGCGUCUUGCGCGGGUAAUAUACACAACAGGCGCCCUUGUGGCUGGCGGACUGCUCAUGAGCUAUUUCUAUAUUUGA